AUGGGGAGGCUUACUACUAUUAUAUCUGCCCUUUUUAUCGCUAUCGGAGGCUUCCUCUUCGGCUAUGACUCUGGUAUCGUCGGUUCCGUCAUUUCCCUUCCAACCUUCAAGGCAACAUUCUCUACUCCGGAUUCAAAUACGGUUGGCGGAAUCGUGUCUUCUUUCCAAGGGGGCGCUAUCCUUGGUACCAUGAUCAACAUGAUUGGAGCGGACUGGGCCGGUCGUAGAAACACGAUCUUUGCAGGCGCUCUGAUUUCUACACUUGGAUGCGCUAUACAAGCCGGUGCUGUAAGCAUUGCGAUGUUAGUCAUUGGCCGCUUCAUUGCUGGAGUGGCCGUGGGAAUGCUGACAUCGACCGUACCUCUGUAUGCUUCUGAGCUCUCCGAGGCUAAAUACCGGGGCAUGCUUGCGGGACUAUUGCAGUGGAUGCUAUCCUGGGGAUUUUUUGCCGCACAGUGGAUAGGCUACGGAUGUUCGUUCAGCAAAACUGAUUUCUCAUGGCGUUUCCCGCUUGCUUUCCAAACUGUUCCAAGUCUGACGCUAGCAGCUGGCAUCUACUUCCUCCAAGAGUCCCCACGAUGGCUUGUUGAAAAGGACCUCGUCGAAGAAGCUCGGGUUGCACUUCAGAAGCUCAGAAGCGGACUGGAUCAAUCUUUGAUAGAUGCUGAGUUCCGUGAUAUCCACGCGACCAUCGUAGCAGAUCGGGACAUCGCCCAAGUAUCUUGGAAAUCGAUUGUAAUCAAGCCUUCCUGGCGCCGACGCUUGCUUCUGGGAUGCGGUGUUCAGGCUUUCGGACAGCUCUCUGGAAUCAAUGUCAUUAACUAUUACGGACCAAUCAUCUACGGCAUACUUGGCAUCGAGAAUCAGACAUCGUUGAUGAUAAUCGGGAUCAGCGGUGCCUUGUCUAUCGUCUACUGCACCAUUGGGUUAUAUCUCAUCGACCGAGUGGGCCGCGUCAAACCGCUCAUCGUUUCGGCUAUUGGACUGGGCUUAUGCCUGCUCGUCAACGCAGUACAGGCUCAGUACUUCAACGAACAAAACACCAAUCAAUUGCGCUCUAUGGUCGCGAUGAACUUCCUGUUCAGCUUCUUCUUCACGCCACUAGGAAUCAUUACCUGGGUCUACCCAGCCGAAAUUUUCCCAAUCCAGGCCAGGGCUCUAGGCAACGCUAUUACAACUUUCACUAACUGGACUCUUAACCUCGUUUUUGCUCAGUUCAGUCCCCUAGCCCUGAAUGACGUUGGAUUCCGAUACUUCUACGCCUUCUUUGCCUUUAAUCUUGUAGCCGCUGCAUGUUAUGUCUUUCUUUACCCAGAGACUAAGCAAAAGACAUUGGAGCAGAUGGACGAGCUUUUCGGAGAUGGGAUUUACAAGUCAACAACGCAGCUUAAUCAUAGAGCUUGUACAAUACGAGGUAGUAGAGGACGGUAG